GGGUGGGGUCUCUGAGGGGCCGUGAGCGCGGCGCGGGGCGCGCACGAGGGCGCGGGCUGGGACCUGCGGCGGUCGCCUAGUUGCCGCCCUCAGUGGCCGUCGCCGUCGCUCUCGACGCCGAGGUCCCGGGCUAGCCGCGGGCGCUCGCUCCUGUGAGUGGCGUCCAAGGCCGAUCCUCCUGGCGGUGUGGUGACAACGCCGGGCUGACGGCCAAGGGCAGCUGAGGCGGCGGCACAGGAAAGCGGCGACCAGGCGGAGGCGUACGUGCGGCGGAGUCCCGGAGCCGGGAGGAGGCCGAGGGGACCAUGUCCGGCAGGCGCUUCCCGUUCUCCACCACGGACCGCGUCAUCAAAGUCUUUACAGCAUCUAAAGCACCAGGAAUAUAUAGUCCUCUCUUAGUACUCAGAAUAUACUCUACAUAAUCCUUCUGGAUGAAUCAAGGUCAUCAUUGUAUACACUGUCCCUUUUCCUCCAACCCACCGACUUAAUUUGAAGGAAGUAUUCGAGAAUGGGAAACCUAAAAUUGAUGUUUUGAAAAACCAUUUGGUCAAGGAAGGCCGACUGGAAGAGGAUGUAGCUUUAAAGAUAAUUAAUGAUGGGGCUGCCAUCCUGCGACAAGAGAAGACUAUGAUAGAAGUGGAUGCCCCAGUCACAGUGUGUGGUGACAUUCAUGGACAGUUCUUUGACUUGAUGAAGCUGUUUGAAGUCGGGGGAUCGCCUACUUGCACGCGCUACCUCUUUCUCGGUGACUAUGUGGACAGAGGCUAUUUCAGUAUAGAGUGUGUGCUGUUUUUAUGGAGUUUAAAGAUUAUUCAUCCCAAAACAUUAUUUCUGCUUCGAGGAAAUCAUGAAUGCAGGCAUCUUACAGAAUACUUCACCUUCAAACAGGAAUGUCUAAUCAAAUAUUCAGAACGGGUGUAUGAGGCAUGUAUGGACACGUUUGAUUGUCUUCCUCUUGCUGCCCUCUUAAACCAGCAGUUUCUCUGUGUCCAUGGAGGAAUGUCACCUGAAAUCACUUGUUUAGAUGACAUUAGGAAAUUAGACAGGUUUACUGAACCUCCAGCCUUUGGGCCAGUGUGUGACCUGCUUUGGUCUGAUCCCUCGGAGGACUAUGGCAGUGAAAAGACCUUGGAGAACUAUACCCACAACACUGUCCGAGGGUGCUCUUACUUUUUCAGUUACCCUGCAGUUUGUGAAUUUUUACAGAACAACAAUUUAUUAUCAAUAAUCAGAGCCCAUGAAGCUCAAGACGCUGGGUAUCGAAUGUACAGGAAGAGCCAGACCACCGGCUUUCCAUCACUUAUUACAAUUUUCUCUGCCCCUAAUUACCUAGAUGUCUAUAACAAUAAAGCUGCAGUAUUGAAAUAUGAAAACAAUGUCAUGAAUAUCAGGCAGUUUAACUGUUCUCCACAUCCCUAUUGGCUUCCAAACUUUAUGGAUGUUUUCACCUGGUCUUUGCCUUUUGUUGGGGAAAAAGUCACAGAGAUGCUGGUUAACAUUCUGAACAUAUGCUCUGAUGAUGAACUGAUGUCUGACGAUGAAACAGAAGAUCUCUACAUUUCAAGCUUUCAGAAAGGAGGCACUACAGUUCGGAAAGAGAUCAUCAAGAAUAAAAUCAGAGCCAUUGGGAAGAUGGCACGGGUCUUUUCGGUUCUUCGCGAAGAGAGCGAGAGUGUGCUGACCCUCAAGGGCCUCACACCCACAGGCACACUCCCCCUGGGUGUCCUCUCGGGAGGGAAGCAGACCAUUGAGACUGCCACAGUAGAAGCGGUAGAGGCCCAGGAAGCCAUCCGAGGGUUUUCACUGCAGCACAAGAUCCGGAGUUUUGAAGAAGCCCGAGGACUGGACCGAAUUAAUGAGCGAAUGCCACCUCGAAAGGACAGUGGACACGACGGGCCAGCGAAACUGGUGACCCCAGUCCAUGGGAAGAAAGCCCAGUGAUGACUCAGUUGUGCUGGGACACAGGUCGAUCCCAAGCUUAAGAACAAAUUUUAUUUAUUAUCAGAAAAUGCAACAAAAACAAACCUGGAGGUGCAUUCAUAAUUUAGUCUGGAUUUACUCUGUAAGAAAGGCAAAUGUUUUAUAAAUUCUUUUAAUUUGUGUUCAAUAUACACAAAAAGCACAUCUGUUUUGUUUUUUCCCUUUUAUCCCCCUAAUUUUUAGGAGCAAAUCUGAUUGUUAUCAAUACAUAUGUGAAGUUUGUGCUAUCAGGGGGAACUUCCCCUAAUAAAAGGGCCUUGGAAACCUCAGCCCUGGGUUUCUGACUUGAACUAGUUAGCCUUUUAUCUUGCUUUUGGAAGGAAGUAGCAUUUAUCUAAGACUACUAACUUUUCAAACUGGAGGUAGUUUUUCUUCUUUUUGCUGGGUGCCACUGGGAAAAUGUGUCUUACAUUUCAGUGGCUAAAAUUGCUUCUGUUCUGAUAGAAACUUGCUUAGAUUAGAGCUUCCAGGUGAAUAACCCACUGGUUAAAAGGACCGAGGAGAAUGUUUUUCAUAGUAGCCUGCUCUUCUGGACUCUCAAUUCUUUUUAACAUGUUCUAGUAAAACAAAAUAAAAAUAAUGAAUUUUCUUAGA